GUAAAAUGGAUUUCUGAUGCUGAAUCUGCCGUUGUCUGUAAAUUCGAGGGCAUAUUAUGACAUAAAGCGGACGAUAAUGGACCGUGGAAGGUUAAUGAUGUGACUAUAAGUCAGUAUCAAGUUGAGCUGAUUCUGAAAGGAUUGAGCAGAGCUGUGUGAAUCACAUUAGGCAUUUGAGAGAUGAGAACAGAGCUAGUGUAUGUCAAAAACAUAAGGUAGUGUGACAAAUUGUACAAUGGGAAGAAAAGGACGAGUCUUAAAAACAUAUGGCCGUCAUCGCCAGCGUGUCGUCACCGCAGAAGAGGACUGGUCUGCUAAACGGAACCACUGUAAUGUCUUCAGCGUCAGUGGCUCUUCUGAUCAUAUCUUCUCCAGCUCAGGAAGCCUAUCAAAACUCAGCCUGAGUGACAGCUCUUCUUUUGAUGGAACACAUACUUCUAAGAAGAAGAAUGGGAAGGAAAAUAAGACCACCAGAUCAAAGCAAUUGUCCAGUAAAGCAACCCAACAGAAUUCCAGCUCAGAAAAGAAGAGCACUAACAUGAGGAAAGAGCGUAACUGUAAACGCCAGGCUCUGAAGGAAAUAAGAAAUGGACUGCUGAUAGAAAAUAGUGUUGAUGUGCAGAGGAAGAAAACUAGGAGAAAUGUAAGGGCAGUAAAAUCUUUCAAGACAAUAAAUUCAUUGACCGAAAAUAGCCAGAAUAAUAUGAGCAAAUUACUUCUGCAAGAAACAGACACAAGAUGCAAGAAACCAAAGGAGUCAAUGAAUUUUAGUGAAUUUGAAGAUUACAGUCUUAUCCUCUCAGAUUCUUUGGUAGUUGACAAGAACAUUAGUAUAGAUGUACAAAAUGAGUUGAAAAGAGCUCACAGUACACCAGCAACUCAAGGUAGAUGUCAAAAGAAAUCCAGGAGUGGUGUAUCUAUUGGCACUAGCACUCCAUUCUGUUGCAGUGCUAAGGAAGGUGCGUGUAUAAGGGGCUUGUCAGGCGAUGAGCUGUCUCACAUUGAAAGCUCUAAAAAUACAUCAGAAUUUGACAAUGUGUUUGGAAUAAGUAAAGCUGACGAUAUGAACAAUAUUGAAGACAAUGAAAUCCGCAGUAAGCUUUCAUUGUGCUCAGCCAGUUUACAGCAGCUGUGCCAGUCACAUUCCAUGAGCAACGUCUCGAGUCCGCAGCAUGAAUCAAGGGUUAGUAACCUGUCAGUAAGCAAACCCUACAGUAGAUGUACGAGGUCUCAAUCAUUAUCCUCGCACUCAGGCAGGAAGGCUGGCAUCCACCCCUGCUCAGUGCCAUUAAGCCCCCUAAAGCAGUCCAUGUUACAUCUGAAGAAUUAUGUAGUCUCUGCUGAGUUGGUGGAAGACAAGAUAGAUGUUGGCAGGAAGGUGUCUUUGCUGUCUAUGAACACUUUUGAUAACUCUGAUAGUCUGUUUGAUGAUAUGCACAAGUCUUUGAGGACUUCACACAGGGGAGUUUUCGCCCAGUCAGAUAACUUUGAUAGCUCUAUAUGUGCAUCAGGAGGAGAGGAGGAUGAAUUUGAGAUAGUGAGCAGUGACGAUAGUGACAGUUCCACACAGGAAGAGGAUGACCCUGACUUCUCAGUGUACACAGAGGUAUCAUCUGAGGACGAGGAUCAGCUCAGUUACAUAGCUGAGGGGCUGGAGGAUCUAUCCAUGGAACAUAACACAGCUGAUGGGGAACACAUGGAGACCAACAACCAAAAGGCCAGAAAUUCUCCUUGUCACAUGGAGGACGUUAGAGUAGAUAGAGACAACAGCAAUGAGGACAAUGACAAAGGUGAUGAAGACAAUAAUCCUGAUGAUGAAGACGGAGUGGUGCACCCUGAUCAUGGCAGUUACUCAGAAGCUGGCGAAGGUUACGACAAUGGUCUAAAUUUCAGCAACUCCUGUUAUUCCCUGACAGGUUUUGGAAAGAGCCAUGACUGGACAACAGACCUUAGUGAUGAUCUGAGUGAGGCCAGUCGGGAGAGCGAGGAGGCUGAUGUUUACAGGACAGCAGGGUCAGAGGUCAGUCGGAUGCUCUCUCGUGAGGAAGGGGACCUUACAGCAUCCUUCCAUACUCCAGACAAGUCAAUAGCCUCCAUCCCACACUUGUCCAAGAGGCGCUCCAACACACGAUUAGCCCAGAUGGACCCACAGUGUGAUUUUCAGAAAUCCUUCUCAGAAAUGCUCACCCCAAGAAAGAAUGAUUGUCAGAAAUUGCUGUGUCCCAGGUCAAAGGUUCUUCUGCAGUGUGGACAGGAUGAUGUCAUUCCUUUCUCAGCAUACUUCACAGAAACGGUGAUGGAGAGUUGUGUGAAGAUCGGGGAAGGGGUGUAUGGAGAAGUGUUUAGAGCUUUAACACCAGAACCUGUGGCAUUUAAGGUGAUCCCGAUCGAGGGAGACUUUUCAGUAAACGAUGAGGCUCAGAAGACAUUUGAGGAAAUCUUACCAGAAAUUGUUAUUUCCAGAGAGCUGAGUGCUUUAAGAGACGACGCAUUAAAUCAAACUGACAACUUUGUUACAGUCCAGAGAGUGUCCUGUGUCCAGGGAAAAUACCCAGAACUGCUGUUACAGCUGUGGGAUGAGUACAACAACAACAAGGAGUCAGAGAAUGAACGGCCAGAUAUGUUCGAGGAGUCACAGCUGUUCAUUGUUUUUGAGUUUGCCGAUGGCGGAUGUGAUUUAGAAUCAUUUAAGUUUAAGAACAUCCUUGAGGUGAGAAGUGUGAUCCAGCAGGUGGCUUACUCGUUAGCAGUGGCUGAGAUGGAGCUAGAAUUUGAGCACAGAGAUCUCCACUGGGGGAAUGUCCUAGUUAGGAGAACGACGGAGAAGACGUUAGAUUACAGUUUAGAGAACAGUGUACACAGUGUGACUACUCAUGGGAUUCAUGUCACCAUCAUCGACUUCACACUUUCACGCCUCACCAAGGAUGGCUGCACCGUGUUUUGUGACCUGUCCAAAGAUGAGACAUUGUUUGAAGGCCGAGGCGACUAUCAGUUUGACAUCUAUCGAUUGAUGAAGGAUAGCAAUGGGAAUUCCUGGGAAACUUUUUGCCCGUACACAAACAUUUUGUGGUUACACUACUUGCUAGACAAGCUCACAAAUCAGAAGACCUGCACUGUUCGCAGCAAAGCUCACAAAAACAUUCAGAAAAAUCUGAAGGAAACCAAGAAGAUUUUGUUGGACUACCAAAGUGCUCAUGAUUUAGUGAUAACCAAUGGUUUAUUUGAUUCUUGAGUGCUUGGAACCAUGAAAAAACCAUCAGCUGGAAAUGUUUAAUGCGUGCCAAGGAGUACCAUAUUUGAUGGGUCUAUGGCCAAGUGGUUUGUAAAGUAACGGUCGUGUUAAGGACCACUUGAAUAUGUACAAUACAGGCUGUUUGUAGUCACAGCUGGAACUGCUGCAUCAGGGGCGGAUUCCACCAAGCCACAUAUGACAGCACCUAAAUGAGUAUUAUGUAAAUGUUGAAUUCUGGAUUUUAUGUGAGGUUAGGUGGUAAAAUUCUGAACAUGUCACAGGCAAAGGCAGGUAUGUCACAAUUUCACCGCCAGAUACACAAAAAGGUAAGCUAUACGUGGUGAAAUUUUCAAUCCUUACAUAAAUUUGUAAUAGCUUUGUGGCAGUGGCAACAAACCAAGAAACUUAAGUGAUGGUUUGCUUUAAUGAUAGGUACAGGGGCCGGGUUCAUGAAGCGUACUUAGUGAUUAGUAUCCCUUGGAUAAGUGCACUCCAUAUCCCUACAACAUACAUUGCCAUGGUAGUUAAGGGCUUACUUAACCAUGUGCGCUUCAUGACAAGCUUCAUGAUAGGUUUAAGAAGGAAAGUGGAAAUUAUGAUCUCACAUGUUGAAUGAAUGAAUGCUUGGGGUUUAACAUGAUCUCACAUGCCGAUGGCAAUGCUUUAUAGGUUUAAUAGCAAAUGUACAUAUAUUCGUGUUGAAGGUGGAAUUCUGGCUGUCUGAAAUGACGUAUUUCACUGAUAAAGCAUGAUACAAUAAUACAUGGUCAGGAAUCGUGCACUUGAAAUUGUAUGGAAAUAGAUUGAUAGCAAUCUGGUGGAAAUUCAGUAUGUUAGGAGAGUGUGUGCUACAACAGUGUUGUUAUUUAAUGGUCCCCUAUUGUUAGUGUAGUCAGCUGUCACACAAGUUGUCCAGAAUUUUUUUGAAAACAGCUGAUUGUAUUGAAUUGACACUUAGCAGAUUGUUUCAUCACAGUUCACAGAUCAAGUUCAAGUUUCGGGGCCCUACACCUAAUUUGGACAAAAUGAUGUCAGCUUUUGUCCAAAUUUGGACUUUCAACAGUUUUCCAAACUUCUGUUCAAAGUGAUUCAUUAGUGCAUACCAGUAUCAGGUUUGGUUUUAACUAAUUUGUUUGUUUCUGCUCUGCUGUGAAUUUUCACAUAGCUGUUAUUACCAACAGGGUACAUGGGUUACUUUUGCAAUACUUUCAGAAUGCUUGUUCUUCAUGAGUGUGUAUGAUGCAGCAGUGUUCAGAUAUAUCACAUCAAACAUUUUCAUUGUUUAUCUGUAUGUUGGGGAGUGGAGGUACAACACUGUUGUGAUACAUCAGACAUUUUCAUUCUUGUUUAUGUGUUGGAGAGUGUCUGGCAUGAUAAGUGUCCAAGAUAUAUCAUAGGCUUAUUGUGAUUACAUGGAUUGUUUAUGUGAAUUAAUGCCAUGCAUGUGUCAUCCUGUAAUGUCAUGUGUCAUCCUGUAAUGUCAUGUGUCUUCCUGUAAUGUCAUGUGUCUUCCUGUAAUGUCAUGUCUUCCUGUAAUGUCAUGUGUCAUCCUGUAAUGUCAUGUGUCAUCCUGUAGUGUCAUGUGUCAUCCUGUAGUGUCAUGUGUCAUCCUGUAGUGUCAUGUGUCUUCCUGUAGUGUCAUGUGUCUUCCUGUAGUGUCAUGUGUCUUCCUGUAGUGUCAUGUGUCUUCCUGUAGUGUCAUGUGUCUUCCUGUAGUGUCAUGUGUCUUCCUGUAGUGUCAUGUGUCAUCCUGUAGUGUCAUGUGUCUUCCUGUAGUGUCAUUUGUCAUCCUCUAAAGAAUCUGGCCAAUUUCUGGUAAACACAUGUAUGCUAGAUAAAU